GACAAUACAAAAUUAAUUUGCAUCUUUUGAAAUUAUUUCAUAUUUGGGCACUACCAGAAUUGGCAAAACAUGUAACCCUUUUUUGCAUGCAGGUCUCAGCAGUCUGCACCCACUUGAUCCAAGCACACCCUCAGAAACUUGAACAGAGCAUCUGUCCUUGCCAAGGCUCGCUUAAAAAAAAGAAAGUCGUUUAGGAAAAAGAAAUUGUAAUUUAUAAUACUUUAUCAUAAAAUUGUGACUUUAUCUCUACUGUUUUUUUGGACAGAAGAAAAAAAGAAUUCAUUAAUCGAAAUUCGAAAGUGUAAUUGAAGAAGCGAACUUAAGAGUUAUGCAUUGACUGAAAUUAACUUAGUGGCGGGGGUAGCAGAAGAAUGGAUCAAACUCAGAGGGUUGCAGCAAUGGCAACGGCAACAGCCUCACGCGCUCACCAGUUCCACCCUGCACGUUCACCCAUUCUCGAUCUCUUCAACCUUUACUUGGGAGUCUGUUCCUUUUUCCUUUCAUCGCUUUUCAUUUCCUUCAGGGUUUUUGCGCUGCACUGAAUAAGCAUCAAAUAUGGAAUAAUUGUUGGUGUGUGUGAUUUUAGGAAUAAAACACAGAAGCGUGUACUUGCUCUUAGAGAUAUCCCUCCGCCAAAUGAGCAGUUCCUUGUGGAUUUUGAGCAGCUACAGAAUCAGUUUCCGGAUCAAGAUCAGUUACGCUCUGUCACCGAAACUAUUAUCAUAUCGCUAGUCAUGCAGUGCAGUAGCCAUGGCCCACGAGCAGAAUUUCUUCUUUUUGCCAUACGAAGCUUGUGCAGUAUUGGCUGCAUUAACUGGGAUACUCUUCUUCCAUCGCUCCUUGCAUCCGUUUCUUCAGCAGAAUUUCCUGUUGGUCAUGGCAGUCAAUCAAUGCCAACUGUUUCGGCUUCGGGAUUAUCACAGUCAGGAAUGCUACCGCCGACGACCUCUAUUGCCAAUUCUAAUAAUUUUCAGUCUUCAAAUCCUGCUUCUCCGAUACCUUCAAUUCAUCCUGUUGGCUCCCCUGCUCAGUCAGCUAUAGAACCAUUGUCUUGUUCAGCUUUAUCUCCAGUCAAAUCAUCUGAUGUUUCCAGCACCGGACCACAAUCUAAACAAGUGGCAUCCAUCAGAAACAACGAUCUUAGCAGCCUUCGCCAGCUAUGUUGCAAGAUUAUUUUAACUGGCCUUGAGUUUAAUUUGAAACCUGCGGUUUAUGCUGAAGUAUUCCACCAUAUGCUAAAUUGGCUGGUAAAUUGGGACCAGAGGCAACAGGGUCUUGACGAGUCUGAUCUACCAAAAUCAUGUGGACCUGACAAAGCCUUAACAGCUUGGCUACACAGUUGUUUGGAUGUGAUCUGGCUUUUAGUCGACGAAGGAAAAUGUCGAGUCCCCUUUUAUGAAUUAUUACGUAGUAGUUUGCAAUUCAUAGAUAAUAUUCCUGAUGAUGAAGCAUUGUUUACACUUAUCUUGGAGAUUCACAGGAGACGUGAUAUGAUGGCUAUGAACAUGCAAAUGUUAGAUCAGCAUCUUCAUUGCCCUACAUUCGGGACUCAACGGAUCCUUAAUCAAGCAACACUCAGUAUUUCAGGAGAAGCAGUAGCACAACCUCGACAGCCAGCGAUCACUUAUUUAAGUGUACUUGGAGAACCAUUGCACGGGGAGGAUAUUGCAAACUCUAUCCAGAAGGGAAGUUUGGACUGGGAGAGAGCUUUACGUUGUCUAAGGCAUGCUUUCCGCACUACACCAUCACCCGAUUGGUGGAGACGUGUGCUGGUAUUAUGUCCUUGCUUUAGGCCUUCUCAAGCACCUACUCCUGGUGCAGUGUUCUCGACAGAAAUGAUCAUUGAGGCAACUAUUGAUAGAAUUGUUGAACUUCUAAGAUUGACAAAUUCAGAGAUAAAUUGCUGGCAGGACUGGCUUGUCUUCUCUGACCUUUUCUACUUUCUUAUGAAAAAUGGGUGCAUUGAUUUUGUUGAUUUUGUGGAGAAAUUGGUGUCACGGCUUACAGAGGGUGAUCAUCCUGUUCUUAAGACAAAUCAUGUGACUUGGCUACUUGCUCAGAUAAUUCGGAUGGAGCUGGUCACGUCUACUUUGAACCCAGAUGCUAAAAAGAUUGACACAACCAGAAAGAUUUUAUCAGUUCAUAGAGAUGAGAGAAAUUCUGAUCCUAAUGGCCCUCAGAGUACUUUGCUUGAAUUUAUAAGCAGCUGUCAAUGCUUACGUAUAUGGUCGUUGAACACCACAACAAGAGAAUAUGUGAAUAAUGAGCAGCUUCAAAAAGGGAAGCAAAUAGAUGAAUGGUGGAAACAAGUAAGCAAAGGGGAUCGGAUGUUGGAUUAUAUGAACAUGGAUGAUCGGUCAAUAGGAAUGUUCUGGGUUUUGUCGUACACAAUGGCACAACCUACGUGUGAAACUGUAAUGAACUGGUUAGCUUCAGCUGGCAUUGGCGAGUUGCCACCACAAACAAUGGGACAAACUGAGAGAUUAGUCGCUACACGAGAAGUGACCCCCCUUCUCUCUCUCUCUCUCUCUCUCCUCUCUCUCUCUCUCUCUCAAACACACACACACACACAUCUGGUUAAGAACAGUGUUAUACCCAGCAUUGCGAUUGUUGAAACGUACACUAGAUUGUUGCUCGUCUCACCUCAUUCAUUAUUUCGCUCACAUUUCAAUCAUUUAGUGCAAAAAAAUUCUUCGUUAUUGAGCAAGUCUGGGGUAACACUUUUGUUGCUUGAGAUAUUGAACUACCGGUUACUUCCACUUUACAGGUACCAUGGAAAAAACAAAGUCUUGAUGUUUGAUGUGACAAAGAUUAUGUCUGCCCUAAGAGGCAAAAGAGGAGAUCAUCGAAUAUUCAGAUUAGCUGAAAACCUAUGCCUGAAUCUUAUCUUCUCAUUGAGAGAUUUCUUCUUUGUUAGAAGGGAAGGAAAGGGUCCAUCUGAAUUUACGGAAACCUUGAACCGAGCAGCUGUUGUAACACUUGCUAUACUUAUUAAAACACGUGGGGUUGCAGAUGCUGAUCACCUGCAUUAUCUACAAAGUAUGUUGGAACAAACAUUGGCAACAAGCCAUCAUACAUGGUCAGAAAAAACACUACGCUUCUUCCCUCCAGCUUUGCGUGAAGCAUUGAGUGGCCGAAUGGAUAAUCGAAGCCAGGAAAUAAAAUCAUGGCAGCAGACAGAAUCCACUGUCCUAAUCCAGUGCACCCAGCUUCUUUCACCGUCAGCUGAUCCUAGUUAUGUUAUGACCUAUAUCAAUCAUAGUUUCCCUCAGCACCGACGAUAUUUGUGUGCAGGUGCAUUGACAUUAAUGCAUGGCCAAGCAGAAAACAUUAACACCGGGAACCUGGGACGCGUGCUGAAGGAAUUUUCUCCUGAAGAGGUGACAGCUAACAUUUACACAAUGGUGGAUGUUCUGCUUCAUCACAUGCAGGUGGAGCUCCAGCAAGGACAUUCCUUACAGGACCUUCUAUCAAAAGCUUGUGCAACCAUUGCCUUCUUUGUCUGGACACACGAGUUACUUCCUUUGGAUAUCUUGCUUUUAGCACUUAUUGAUCGCGAUGAUGACCCACAUGCUUUGCGUGUUGUGAUUAGUCUACUUGAUAGACAAGAGCUUCAGCAAAGAGUGAAACUCUUCUGUAUUACACAUGGCCCCCAUGAACAUUGGCUUUACACAGGAGUAUACAAGCGGGUAGAGGUACAAAAGGCUCUUGGAAAUCACCUCUCAGGGAAGGAUAGGUUCCCUGUGUUCUUUGAUGAUAUUGCAGCACGUUUGCUUCCAGUCAUCCCCUUUAUUAUUUAUAGACUUAUUGAAAAUGAUGCUAUGGAUCCAGCAGACAGAAUACUGUGCAUGUAUUCUACAUUACUUGCUUACCACCCUUUUAGAUUUACGUUUGUUCGUGAUAUACUUGCAUACUUCUAUGGUCAUCUUCCUCCAAAGCUUAUUGUCCGUAUACUCAAUGUACUUGAUAUCAGCAAGAUUCCCUUCUCAGAGUCAUUCCCGCAGCAACUAACUUCACCAAAUCCUGCUGUGUGUCCUCCUCUGGAUUAUUUUGCAACUCUCUUAUUGGGGUUAGUGAAUAAUGUUAUCCCACCAUUGCAUAACAAUUCAAAAUCUGGAUCAAUGGUAGAUGCAACAAAACACAACAAGCCUCCAGCUAUGUCUCAGUCUGGAACAGCAAAUUCUUCUGAGGGCCAGAAGGCAUUCCACCAAAUUCAGGAUCCUGGCACAUAUACUCAGCUAGUUCUCGAGACAGCUGUCCUUGAAAUACUUUCCCUUCCUGUAUCUGCCUCUCAGAUAGUGCAAUCUCUUGUUCAGAUUAUUGUUAAUAUACAACCAACACUGAUACAGUCCAACGGUGGUCUCCAGAGUGGUUCAACAGGGCAAGGUUCAGUUUUACCAACAUCGCCUUCAGGGGGAAGCUCAGAUUCUCUUGGGGCAAGCAGAUCAACUCCUUCAAAUCCUGGAAUAAAUACAUCUAAUUUUGCUUCACGAAGCGGUUAUACAUGCCAACAACUGUCUUGCUUGUUAAUCCAAGCUUGUGGCCUCCUACUGGCUCAGCUUCCUUCCGAUUUUCACUUUCAGCUUUACUUGGAGACGACACGAGUUAUAAAAGAAAACUGGUGGCUUACAGAUUGGAAAAGGUCACUUGGUGAAAUAGACUCUGCUGUUGGCUAUGCUUUGUUAGAUCCAACUUGGGCUGCACAGGACAAUACCUCAACAGCUAUUGGGAAUAUUGUUGCCUUGCUUCAUUCUUUCUUCAGUAACCUCCCUCAGGAAUGGUUAGAAGGGGCGCAUGUUAUCAUCAAGCAACUUCAGCCCAUAAAAUCAGUUGCAAUGUUGAGGAUAGCAUUUCGUAUCAUUGGUCCACUCCUUCCAAAACUUGCCAAUGCUCAUUCACUGUUCAUCAAGACUCUGUCAUUACUCUUAAGCAUACUUGUGGAUGUAUUUGGAAAAAACUCCCAACCACCAGCUGCCGUUGAAGCAUCGGAAGUAGCUGAUCUCAUUGACUUCCUCCAUCACGCCGUCCAUUAUGAAGGUCAGGGAGGACCAGUGCAAGCUAGCAGCAAACCUAGACCAGAUGUUUUGGCUCUUAUUGGAAGGGCGUCAGAGAAUCUUCGUCCGGACAUUCAGCAUCUGCUUUCACACCUAAAACCUGAUGUGAAUUCUUCUGUAUACGCUGCAUCUCAUCCAAAGUUGGUACAGAAUCCGACUUAGGCGGUAGAGUAUACCCUCAGCAAGUCGGGGUAGUCUCGCUAACAUUUUUGUACAUGGGGCCUGUUUAGUGUUAAGAAGUGGGAAUGCCUCCAGGACUGAACAUGUUUCUUUAAAAGCAUGUUGUGAAGUACAAUCCGGUGACAAACUGACGACAGAAUCUAGAUAUUGUAAUUAAGAACCCAACUUAGAUUUUACACUUGUAUUUCUUCCAGAGUGUCAAUGUAUAUAUAUGUUGCAAUGUUUUCUGUGAAACUUAGGUACUAGGUAAUGCCAUAUCAAUUUUCUUCAGGAGUUACUGUGCAUGUACGCCUGUUCAUCAUCAAUCCAUAUAUUAAGCUAAGAGGAUGCUUUUGGUGCAGUUGCCCCUUUUCAUGGAUAAAUGAUUUGUAAUUUUCCAUUGAUGGCGUGGAUAGGAGGAUUGUACACGUAAGCGAAGCCAGGAAUCUUUAUUUGGCCCCAAAAAUAAAAUAUUGAACAAGUGAUUUAACGCC